UCUGAUUUGUCAUUAUAGGUACAUAGAAAUUUUAACGUUUGUAGUAUGUCAACCCUGUGAAUAUCAAUCACUUUAAUCAUUUAAUUAAGACCAUUUAUGGGCUCGCCCAAAUUUGUAAUUUGCCGUUUUCGUAGUAUUUAUUGAUAUUAAUUUAAUUAUUCAACGAGGAACGUGUUGAUAUUGUGUAAUAGUGCUGUGCUGAAGAUAUACUUAGAGUUUAAAGAAGUUGUAAAAUAUGGGAAAAACUUACUGCCAGGCCUGUAAAAAGAAAUGCUCGGGGGAAGUUCUUAGAGUUCAAGACAAAUAUUUUCAUAUGCAAUGUUUUAAAUGUAAAGUUUGUGGGAAUUCUCUAGCACAAGGGGGAUUCUUUUCUAAGGAUGGGGAAUAUUAUUGCACAUCAGAUUAUCAGAAAAACUUUGGAUCAAAAUGUGCAGUUUGUAACCAAUAUGUGGAAGGAGAAGUUGUCACUGCUUUAGGUAAAACUUAUCAUCAGAAAUGUUUUACUUGUGACAGAUGUAGGCAAAGCUUUCCUUCUGGAGAAAAGGUUACUUACACAGGUAAAGAGGUGCUUUGUCCAAAAUGUGUUCAAAUCCCUGUACAAGAUAUGUCUCCAAAGAGUAGUCCAACUACUAAUAGUGCCAAUGGUAUGUACACUAAUUAUAUUCUUUUUUUAUUAUCUACAGUUACCCAGAUUUUACCAUAUCAAUUUCCAGAAUGUGCUGGAUGCAAAGAGGAAUUGAAAGAAGGCCAAGCUUUAGUCGCUUUAGACCAACAAUGGCAUAUAUGGUGUUUCAAAUGUACCACUUGUGGUACUGUUUUGCAUGGAGAAUACAUGGGAAGAAGUGGUGUUCCCUAUUGUGAAAGAGAUUACCAAAAGCAGUUUGGAGUCAAAUGUGCAUAUUGUAAUAGAUUUAUAAGUGGAAAAGUAUUACAGGCUGGGGACAAUCAUCAUUUUCAUCCAACUUGUGCUCGUUGCACAAAAUGUGGAGAUCCAUUUGGAGAUGGAGAAGAAAUGUACCUUCAAGGAGGUGCAAUUUGGCAUCCUCGAUGUGGACCAGGUCCCACCGAAAAUGGAGAGAUUCUCAAUGGUACUGGAGAAACUAAUGGAAAUUGCACUGACACUGAUAUGUCAAUAAGAGAUUAUGACAGGCAUAGUACAUCUGGUGCUAGUGAAUUGCAGUUUUCCAUGAGAUCACGCACUCCUAGUUUGAAUGGUUCAUUGUAUAGCCCUACAAGCAUGUCUAGAAAGACGUUUGGUUACCGUUCUCCUUCUCCUGGAUUAAUAUUAAGGGAUCAUAAUAAAUCGGCGACUUUAGUAGACGAUAUAUCAAGAAUUUAUACAUACAGUUAUCUUACAGAAGAACCAACUCACGGUUACCUACGAAAACCUAUUGACCCAUAUGAUAAAGCACCAACAUCACCACAUUUCCAUAGGCCAACAUCUCAAAACUCAUUAAGAAGUAGUUCAGGAUCUGGAAGAAGGAGCACUUCAAGGACAGCUAUGAAAGUAUUAGUCGAUUCAAUGCAUACAGAUGUACCCAGACCGAAAUCGCCUCAUAUGAAUAAUGAGGAACCUAUAGAAUUGGCUCAUUUCCCGGGUGCAAAACCUCCACCACCAGGAGAACCUUUGAAAAUAGAAAGGGAUGAUUUUCCGGCUCCACCCUAUCCUUAUACCGAUCCUGAGCGUCGAAAACGUUGGUCCGAUUCAUACAAAGGUGUACCAUCUGACGAAGAUGAGGUUGAUGAGGCAACUAUGAGAGAAUUUCAUGAUGACAAAUUGAAAAAGGAAGAAAAUGAGCUAAGCAAAAUAGCUAGUGGAAUAGGGAAAGUGUUUUUAAAGAAUGUACAAGAAAGAGAAAAGUUCAAACAGUGGAAAGCAGCUAAUCUUGAUCCCAGAAAUGCUUCUAGAACCCCUUCUGCAAAUAAAGAGCCUAACUAUAGACUUCGUUAUGAUAAUCCUAUUGGUGCGAGUCCAUCUAGGAACUUAGAUCAUCCUAGACCUUACGAGGACGAUGAUUUUGAUAGAUCUUUAAGUUGUCGUUCUUCUAUGGGUAGAUCUAUAGGUGCUAUUCCAAAUUAUAAUGUAGUAUCAUCAUUACGAACGGUACCUAAACCUGGUUAUGGGCUCAAAUCGUCUACUCUAGCCAGUAGAAACGAAUUUGGUGAUUAUUCAUAUAGUGGAAUGGGUUCUAAAACUUAUAGUACUGAUUUCAGUUGUGGAAAGUCCGAUAUUUCAACAGGUUCUAUUACAGAUGUUGAAAGACGUGCUAUGAACUGUGAAAUGCCGUUAUCAACUACAUACACAGGAGGACUGGGACGGUAUCCUACAGGAGGUUACGCCUCUCAGCAGGUUCGACGCUCUUUACCAAAUAUGGCACAUACAAUGUUAAUAAAUGAACCCGCUAAAAUUUACCCUUACCAUUUACUUAUAGUAACAAACUUCAGAUUGCCUUCUGAUGUCGAUAGAUUGAAUUUAGAGAGGCACCUUUCUGAUCAAGAAUUUGAAGCAUUACUGCAAAUGGCAAGGUCAGACUUUUAUCGGCUACCCCAAUGGAAAAGAAAUGAAAUGAAACGAAGAGUUCGUCUGUUUUAAUACCUCGAGAAACAAGUUCGAAACUUAGUACAUGUCUAUAAAUAUAUGAUGGUGCUGUAAAUUGAGUAGAAAUGAUUUUCAAAAUAAACUUAAUGCUCCAAAUGUAAGCUUAUUAACAUUAUAUUAGAACAGUGUUUCUAAUCUAUUGAAGGUAUGGAGAUUUGUACAAAUUAGAAUGCAGUAAAAUUUAUAAACAUCAACAUCAAAUGAAGUAAAUAUUUGUUAAAAUAUCAAUCAUUCCAGUAUCAAUUAUUUGUUUACACCUUAGUCUACUUAACUCUUUAUUUUUUAUCUUAUUACCAUCAAAAAAUUGUUGUCAAUUAAUUUGUGACCUAUUAAAUGAGUAAAUAUUAAAAUGGCAUAAUAUUAGUUACACACUAUAAGUAAAAUAGUCAAUUAUGUUGGAAGUAGCUAUUUUAGUUAAGUAGUUUUUUACAAAAAAAAAACAAUUUCUUUGUACUGUUCUAUUUUUCAAACUAUUUUAUUGUUAUGAAGAAAAAAAUCAGUGGUAUUCAUAGUUUAAGAAGCACUAUGUAGGAGAGAAUUCUGAAUAUUUUAUUUAUUUAUUUUAUAUUAAAUUAUAUUAGUACAAAAUUUUUCAUUUUGAGAGUCAUUUCUACUAAAAUUUGAAGGUAACUACAAAUGCAUAAGCUUAAACGACUGGAUAUUUCUAGCUGCAAAAUUAACGAAUGGUCACCUUGUUCCUUACUUUCUCUUAUGCUUAAAAAUGUAUUCAUAUAAUUUAAAGAAUGUUGUCAAUAUGAAAAAAAUCAUUUUAUUGGAUUUUUUGAAAGUUUUUGAAAUGAUAAUUAUUAUGCAAUAGUCUAGAAUUUCUCAACUUCCUGGACUUGCAAUAUGUAUAUUUGUUGAGAAUUAUUUCAGUCAAUUGUAGUGUAUGCCACGAGAAGUAUACCUUUUACCUUUUCACUGCGACGCCUUCCUUCUACAAUGGGGCAAGGCGGAACUGACGAAAAUAGGCCCAUAAACGCAUUAUAAUGGAUUCUAAAAUUAUUGAUAAAUUAAUACUAGCAAUGAAAAGGUUUUAAUAUCAUAUUGUGGGUAGAAUGAAGAUUAAAUUUCAAAAUUAAUAGAUGGAGGAACAUAGCAACUGAAUAUACUAAACUGCUCCAACAAAGUUCAUAAAUUCUAUAAAUUUGUUUUAACAAAUUACGUUUUUUGAAAAGUUUUUAUAUGUUUAUAAUUUCUUGUGUUUCAGAUAAGCUUUUUGUAAAAACAAUUUGAGAUUAUAUAUCAUUUCAAUUUUAAAAAAUUGAAGGACAUAAUUUAAUAAGUAAGAAUAAGCAUUACUAUAGAUACAAAACUUUAUCAUAAUAGAAAAUACCCAAUUUAUUUUUCACCGACGUAUUAUAUUUGCUGAUGAGUGAAGAGAUGAGGGUAUACAAGUCAAACAUGAGAUACCACGAAAUUCAAAAGCUCUUGCACGUUCGUGAGAAGAAUUAGCAACUGAUAUAAAAUUCUUGAAAAUAAGAUUGCCUCAAACGUAGAAAAGAUCAAUUUAAAAACACAAAAAGUAGCCGAUAAGCAUAUUAAAUUUUCGAUAUGUAGUAUAGACAAAAUUUGGGAGAAUAAAAAGUAACAUAAAUCCAUAACUUUUGUCAGAUUGUUUACUUCUACUACUACUUUACUAUUGUUUUCUUGAUAUUAUCAAAGCCAGAUAAUUAAAAUAUGUAAGUAUUUUGAAUUGUCUAAAAUGACACCUUGAUUAAGAAUUUAUAUUUGAUACAAAAUGCAUGGUACAAUUGGGAUGAUUAUGGUAUCUGCGAAUUUAUCGUAUCUUUGUUGGCGACUGAAUAUUCGUGCUAGUAAAUCAAGUGUAGACUGACAUUCUUUGAAAUAUAUGUAUAUAUGAAAUAUUAUACUUUCAAUUAAUUUGCCAUAGACUAAGCUAAAUAUAAAUGUUAAGUACAUAUUAAAUAGUAAGAUUAAACACUGUUUAGAUGUACAUUUACCAUAUUUAUUAUAUAUAUUUUUUCGUUUCACAAUACAGAGUAAUUCACGAUUCAUAACACUCCCAUGUUAAAAAUUAUUAUCAUAUACUGAUUUAUUUCGGAAAUAAUUUGAUCAGAGUGUUCCGCAAAUGUUAAACAAUCGAAAAUAGGAUUUUUUUGUAGUACCCCAAGAGCUAAGCAGAAAAGAGAUACAAUAUGAUCGUGUUAGAGUGGAACACUGCUAUUAUUAUCUGCUUAAGCGUUCCACAAACCAUAACUAUUAUAACUGAGCUAAGAAUCAAAGAAAAUUGCGUGUUUUUUGUAAUUAUUCCAAAAGUAAGCCUUAACAUGAUUUUUAAUGUUGCAGUCAUCAAUUUUAUGUAAUUUUCAACAUAGUAAAAGUUAGUUGAAAUGGUCCAAUUAUAUAAAAAAAGUUUUGAAGUCUAUACUCAUGAAAUGUUUUUCAAAAAGACCUGAAGUCUUUUAUAAACUUUACUGUAUUAAAAUGUAAAGCAAAGUUGGGGUUUCAUGUUACUUAACUUUUUUCAAUUUUGGGGCCCACAAUUUUUCUUGAACUUGCAACAAAUAGCAAUUUCUUUGGUACCUAGCAUGCUAAUAAAAAAAAUUAGAACUAGCUAAAAAAUGUGUUUAAAAGUACCUUUAUGGUACCUAAAUUUCUAGGUUUUUUUAUUGCUGAAACUGACUGUAAAGUGUGUUCAUUUAAUUAUCUUGAACAUGACGAAUGUUUCCAUAACUUUUGUAAUCAACGCUGUCGAUUACAAAGUUUCAAAACUAACAUAAAAUUUGUAUCUACAUAAUAAUUUUGUGAUGAUACAACCAAAGAUUGAAAAAGAACCGUCAUUGACCUUUUGAAAUCAAGUUUGUUUUUGUUAAAAACAAUUUAAUAUUAAAAAAUUUCCUAAUUUUGGGCAGCCAUUAAAUAUGUUGUGAAAAAGUAACAUGGCAGUUUUUAGUGUAUAUUUUAAUAUUUUGUCGGCGAGUUGUAUUUUAAUUUAAUUUAUUUAUUUUAAUUUAUAAUCGUCAAUUAUUCUGUAUAUAUUUUAUGUUGAUUUCUUUAUAUAUAUAAUCGUUUAUGUAUUUUUAUUUUACGUAUAGUUUUUAUGUGAUCUUCCACGAAGAGUUUCAAAACAUAUAUUUUUAUUUAAAUUUAAAAUAUUUCAAAUCACAUUACUUUUCUUUAUUUUCAUAUAUUAGCGAUAUGUUUUAUGUAAAAACAGAACCAGUUAAUGUUAAUUAAAAAGUGAUUUUUAUUAAAUCAAUUCAAAAUAAUAGUUUCGCAAGAUUGCCUAUUUGAAAUAAUUAAAAAAAAAUACAGUCAACAUACGCUAUAAACAAAAGUUCAUAAAAGUGGUUUGUUUAUUAAACUUCUGAUUAAUAAAAAUGUUUAAAAGAUUUUCUGUUACAUAAAAUUGAAAUAGUUAAAUCAUUAUUAAUGGAACUUUAUGAUACAUUUUUAGUGAAGAUUUUUAGUAAAUGUAGUUAUCGGAAAAUCCUACAAUGAACAGAUUAAUAUUUUUCUUAUAAAUUGUUAUUGAUAGCAAUCUAAGGUCCCCAAGGUCUUUUUACUUCUCCGACAAAUGCCUGCAAUAGUAAUCCCGCUAUAAACUACUGUUUCAGUACACAUCAUCAUCAAAUAAAUUUGAAAUAUUAUAGUCACACAUAUAGGUGUAUGCUUUUAAUGACUUCUAAAAAAGGUGAAAAAAGAUUAUUAGCAAUAUUCUUAUGAAAUUAUUUGAGCGGGAGAGAUUACGUGUUGUAGAAGGGCGAGGUCCUACAAUCAGUGGGAACUUUAACCAUAUCUUCAUAUUUUCAACUUACACAUUUAAUAACGCAAUGUCACUGUCGACAAUCACAUGUUUGUGUCUAUAUAUAGCUAUUUGCUGAUUCUCAUAUUUUCUUACAAAUAAUAAUAUUAACGUUAUGUAGAUACAAGGAAUAUUAUAUUAUUAUGUUGUUAUAUUCUAAUGGUACUUAUGUUUUGAUUCAAUCGAAAUGCAAAUUUAUUGAUUUAUUUUGGCCUACAGUUAACCUUGAUAUUUUUAACAACCUUUUCGUUUAUCAAUCAUCAUAAUUAGCCUGACACAGGUCUACAAAAGAAUGAUUUAUUAGAUGCACCUAAAACGAUUCACAUUGGAAACAAUAGUUAUUAUAGCUCUCAUAAAAUAUAGGAUUUAAAUGUUUUUGAUUAUAUGACAUUUGUGAUAUUUUUUAUUAACGAUUUAACAAUAUUUAUAUCAAAACUUUAUAAAAAUUGAAAUAAAAUAAAAAGAAGUAUAUGAUUAAUAAUUUCACACUGAUUUUUUAAUCUACAAAGUAACUUUUUUGUCAAGUAUUUUUUUGGCAAAAUAUAGGAAAACAUUACAUGUUGGAAUUUUUUGUAAACAAACAACUUUUAUAAUUUUGUAAAUACAAUAUGAAAUUCAAUGGUUAUAAGGGAUCGUAAAUCUUGCUGGAUAUUUGCAUUAAUUAUUGACAGUCUCUUUUGUUUUUAAUAUUAGUUAUUCCUCUACAUCACAGAGAUAUUUUGCAGAAGUGACAUUGUAAAUAAUAAAGCCACUAAAUAUUUCGUCUAAACAAAAUAUUUAGAAAAAAGUACUGGUUAUAUUGUACGUAUUAGAAAAAAAUAUAGAACAUUGUGCUAAAGGUUUCUAAUGUUUUUAACUUCCGACUGAUCUUUUUUUUUUUUGAAAUAAUAGAUUUUGGUAGCAUGAACUCCAAUGCUUUUGAAGGUAUACGAAGUAUAUUUGUAAAAUGUCAAUUAUACUAUUUUUCGACAUAGCUGCCAUGAUUUUCCAAGCAUUUAUCAUUGUGUAGUGCAAGUUUUUCUAUACCCUCCGUGUUUUGUAUUAUGUUCUUUUAGCUUGUUAUCGUUGUUUUACCUCUAACUACAACACUUCAGUUUUAUGAACAACAACCAUCGAAUCGUUCAUUGCCCUUAUUUUGUUUUUAGAGUUCAGAAAGCUAAUUAAUUCCACAAACAGCGAGAUUUGUUAUCAACUUAUUUCAAACUAGCGCUACGAUAUGUACACAACAACAGUGAACAGUGAAAUGUAUGCGCAGAGCAGAGAAUAUUUUGCGAAUAUGCCUUGUAUUAAAUAUAGUGGUUUUUAACUGUAAAAUGUUCUGUAUUUGUUUCUUAGUCCGAAAAAUAUUUGUCGAUUUGUUUAUGAAUUUAGUUAUUUGUAUUAUUUUAGUAUCGGUUGUGAUUAUUAAUUUACAUGAAAUAAAAAUUUUAAUGUACUGGUAUAAAAACCCUUGAAAUUUAUUAUAAAACACGAUAUUAAUAGUGGUUAACACCAUUAGGUUUGAGAAAAAGAAAAGCACCAAUAAUUAAAUUUUGUUACUCCCCAGCUGUAAUUCUCCAUAGAAGACGUAAUUCAGGCCCAUUAUACCAGUUGAGAUAUUUGAUUCAAUAAAGAUUAGCAGACACAUUAAUGCUAACUGCUAACUAAUGAAAUUAGUUAUUAAAAAAUCCAAAACAAAUGCCAAUAUGAUUCCUACUAAUAUUCAACAAAAAUUCAUUUUCUAUGAUUAUCUAAGCUAUUUUAUAGUAAAUGCUUUUGUUGAAAAUGUGUCGAUACUUUCUGAAUCUUAUUAUGCUUCGACCAUUUGAGAUCAGAAAAUGAACAAGUAAAAUACCAUAACAUCAUAUCGUUUUCAUCGCAAAUUACUUGGAUUUUGAAAUUUAUUAAAAAUUAUUUUCAACUAAUAUUGAGAUGCUUAGUUUACAGUUCCAGUAUUAUUUUCUGUAAUGUUCCGUUUUAGAUAUAUUUAGUUAUCUAUAUAUUAUAUAAUGCUUCCAAAAUCAACAAACAGCUUUAAUUAGAUUUAUCUGUUAUUUGAAAUAAACUGAUUCAUUUAAUUUCUGAACUUUCAAUGUCCAUUUUAUUGGUUUUAUUUUUCUCUCAUAUUUAAAUAUGAAUUAUUUUUAGAUUAAAAUUAGCCCAAUUUGAUUUUUCCAAAAAUGUGUCAAUAUAGAUUCUAAUUUUCCCCGCAAUAUUUUGUAAAUAGAAAACAUAUAUUUGAUUCAAUAUUAUAUUCUUCCUUGAUAGAAAUAUGUUACUAGUCAGUAAAAAUGUUUUUGAAUUUGGAAUCAUUUCUAAAGCUUAAGCUAAACAUUUCAGAUUAGCAAAUCUUGUAUUCUUAGGAAUUCAUGGACUAUACAGAGCGUUUAGAUUGCUACUUUGAGCUAGUCGUUCAUUCAUAUAGAGUAAGCUAAAAUGGUAUUUUUAUAUUUGAUAGCUUUUUGCCACUAAAAAAGUUCCAGUGAUUGUUAUUUAGAUUUAGUAAAAUUUCAAAUCAUUAUAUAAGCAUUUCUAACAUUCUUUAAUUUUUCCUAUUGAUUACUGUGGUUUGGUUAUUUUAUUAUGUUAUUUUAAUUCUGUAACAAGCACAAUGCCUUAUUAAAAUUCUUUUAAAUUU